AUGGAGCUUCCUCGACUGCAGGCUCUGGUAACGGAAAUCCCUUGCGUUGUUGGACAUGUGGCGCCAACAAAGGGCAGAAGGGAGAAUGUCAUGGAGAGAGAUGAUCGAAAGCGGCGAAUUAAGACUGUUGGGGGUAGCACAGCCAUGUGCAGUACCAUUGAGAUGCAUUCGAUCUUUUGGUGUCUCGGCCCCCGCAUACCAGAAAUAUCGCCGUCAUUCUUUCCAAUGUCUCGAACGCCCAACAUCGACAAAAUACGGAACCGAUCGCGGUUCGCUGGGAUGGAAAAUACAACUGAGAUUAAAUUGAGCCUGAUGGAGCGCAGCCAACUUCAAAAGUGGCCUGCCUAG